UUCCUGUCGUUUUCUCUUUCACAGGAAGUGAUUGACAGUAAAAUGGUUGGAAACGGUGAUGGUGCAGCUGAGAGUCAGAUAGGCGUUGUUACUGUCUCAGCUGUCCACAUGGAGUCUCAAGAUAUUACCCAGAAUCCUCUGCGGCGCAGCGUGAGCCAGCUGAUUGACCGGAAAGUGGGGGAGGGGCAGGAUGACACGUGGGAUCCUCAUUUCAGAGCUCAUGACAGCGGAAUGUUCGAUGAGGAGUUUGUGGACACCAUUAAAGGUUUCAGCACCGUGAGGAAAGAGCACACCAUGUUCACAGACACCAACCUCUGACCCCUGAGCACGUGGGCCAGUGUUCAGAGUCGCAGGAAUGAAGAUGAACGUCAAAACCACGGAGUCGUCAUGUGUGUGUGUGACGCCAGCACACGGACACGCCGUCUCGGCCAAUCAGAGCAGGAGGAGA